AUGUCGGCGUACGAGCUGUACGUGGCGGGCUACCAGUUCCUGGUGCUGAACAACGCUUUCACGUCCCACUGGGGCUUCCAGACCAUCAGGAGUCGGCCGAGCUGGAGGGCGAGGCAGCAGGAGGACAACAACAAGCUCAUGCCUGGCUUCGCGGAGGAGCUGAAGGCGAAGUACGGGAGCGACCCGAAGGACUUGGCCAAGAUGGCCUCCAAGAUUGCGAAGAUCCGCGUGGCUUAUGGGAAGCCGAUAUGAUGUGUGUGAUUGUUUUUCACGGAGGGGGGAGUCUGUCGUGAUCGUGAUGAGUGGGACCGAGACCUGUCACAUUGAUGGGGUCUUCCGAACGGUUUGAGUUUUCGACCUACGAGAGAUAGGUCGUGUCGAUUGUUUUCUCGGAGGGUUAUAUUUAUUAAGAAAAAGCUCUGGACGGUGGAACGUAAGUCUCCUGUAACGUUUGCUUUUUUAAUGGAUUCAUUUAUGGAAUCCAGUGCAAGAGGAGUCUUCGAACGGAAAACCGUUUCACGAUCCAGCAGUAACUUUGAACGUGCCGAGCAUGACCAUCCCGGUUCGCUCGGCUGUAACCCUAUGACCGUAUUCGUAAUCGGUCUGAACGGCGUGCUCGAUGAGGCGGGGUGCCGAACGCUUUUCGUGCCGCUUCUGCAGUCUGUUUCUCGUCUCUCUGCGUUCAAGUGGAAGAUCGCAGUGGAACAGCUCUGCCCGUGCGAGUCAGAGCGGGGAGAAGGUGGGGCAGGAGGAGGAAGGUGGGGCAAGGUGGAGCAAAUUUCGAUGUUUAACCGGCAAUACGCUUUCCGAGUAUUGUGACACCGCGGCUCAAGACUCUAGUUUUUGUUAUCGUCAUGCGCAUGCGAAGUGGAGGAUGUCACUCGCGGAUCGCGAAAGGCGCGGAGCCGGGAUCCUCCAGGGAGGACCCACAUGCGACUGUGAUGCCACGCCCUCGCGACUGCGAUGCCACGCCCUCGCGACUGUGAUGCCACACCCUUGCGACU